AUGACGGGAGAUGUUGAAGAAAUAGCCUGCACGCAGAAUGGCCAGAUGUACCUGAACAGGGAUAUUUGGAAGCCCUCACCGUGCCAGAUUUGUGUCUGUGACAAUGGAGCUAUUCUUUGUGAUGAAAUUCAGUGUCAAGAUAUGCUGGAGUGUGAGAACCCCCAGGUGCCCCCAGGAGAGUGCUGUCCUGUGUGUCCCCACACGACACGUGAUUUUGACACCACCAUUGCAUCUGUCAGUCACAGGGAUGGUACUGGUGAAACUGGUACUAUUAAUUGUACCUUCACUUUUUCCUGCCAUCUGAUAUUUUUGUAUCGUUUCCUACAGGGGCAAAAAGGAGAACCUGGAAUAGUGCCACCUGGACCUCCAGGCUCACAAGGACCACGAGGAGAACGAGGACCAAAGGGAAGACCUGGUCCUCGUGGUCCUCAAGGGAUUGAUGGUGAACCUGGUAUCCCUGGCCAGCCUGGUGACCCUGGUCCUCCAGGGCAUCCUACCCACCCAGGACCUGAUGGACUAAGCAGGCCAUUUGCAGCUCAGAUGGCAGGACUGGAUGAGAAAUCUGGACUUGGCAGUCAGAUGGGACUGAUGCCUGGUGCAGUGGGUCCAGUAGGUCCAAGAGGUCCUCAAGGUCUCCAAGGAAAACAAGGUGGUGCUGGCCCCACAGGCCCACCUGGUGAACCUGGGGAUCCAGGACCUAUGGGUCCAGUUGGUUCUCGUGGACCAGAGGGACCUCCAGGCAAACCUGGUGAAGAUGGUGAACCUGGUAGACCAGGACAAACCGGUGAGCCUGGAUUUCCAGGAUCUCCAGGGCCUCGAGGCUUUCCUGGUGCUCCUGGUCUCCCAGGUCUCAAAGGUCACAGGGGAUUGAAAGGACUUGAUGGUCCAAAAGGUGAAAUUGGAGCAGCUGGAGCAAAGGGAGAAUCUGGACCAACAGGUGCCAUGGGUGCAACAGGUCCUCUAGGACCUAGAGGAAUGCCAGGAGAAAGAGGUCGAAUUGGACCACAGGGUGCCCCUGGUGGACGUGGCCAGCAUGGUAUGCCUGGGAAGCCAGGACCAAUGGGUCCGCUGGGCAUAACUGGUUCUCCAGGUUUCCCAGGUGCUCCUGGUGUAAAGGGUGAAGCAGGUCCAACAGGUCCUCGUGGUCCUGAAGGUCCUCAAGGUCAAAGAGGUGAAACAGGUCCACAGGGCCCAGCUGGAUCACAAGGUCUUCCUGGUGCUGAAGGGACAGAUGGUUCUCCAGGUGCUAAGGGCCCUACUGGAUCUCCAGGCACUGCAGGCCCCCCUGGCUUAUCAGGUCCACCCGGUUCCCCAGGACCACAGGGCAGUAGUGGACCACCUGGUAUUCGAGGCCAGCCGGGAGACCCUGGUGUCCCAGGGUUCAAGGGAGAAGCAGGACCCAAAGGUGAACCUGGCCCACAAGGUCCCCAGGGUCCCAUUGGCCCCAUAGGUGAAGAAGGGAAAAGAGGUCCUCGAGGUGAUCCAGGGUCAGUAGGUCCACCAGGUCCUGUUGGAGAGAGGGGUGCUCCUGGAAACCGUGGUUUUCCAGGUUCUGAUGGCUUGCCUGGACCAAAGGGUGCACAAGGAGAGCGUGGCCCAGCAGGUUCUUCUGGUCCUAAAGGAGGUCAGGGAGAUCCUGGGCGUCCUGGUGAACCUGGCCUCCCAGGUGCAAGGGGUUUGACAGGAAAUCCAGGUGUUCAAGGCCCUGAAGGAAAACUUGGCCCCUUGGGUGCUCCUGGAGAAGACGGACGUCCAGGUCCGGCAGGUUCAAUAGGAAUCAGAGGUCAGCCAGGCAGCAUGGGCCUUCCUGGCCCAAAGGGUAGUAGUGGUGAUCCUGGAAAGCCUGGAGAAGCAGGCAAUGCAGGUGUCCCAGGACAGAGAGGAGCCCCUGGUAAAGAUGGUGAAGUUGGUCCUUCUGGUCCUGUUGGCCCAGCAGGCUUGGCAGGAGAAAGAGGAGAACAAGGCCCUCCAGGGCCUACAGGGUUUCAGGGUUUGCCUGGACCGCCAGGUCCUCCAGGUGAGGGAGGAAAGCCAGGUGAUCAGGGUGUGCCUGGGGAUCCUGGAGCUGUUGGUCCAUUGGGCCCUAGGGGAGAACGUGGUAAUCCAGGGGAAAGGGGAGAACCAGGUGCAUCAGGACUCCCAGGUGAAAAGGGUAUGGCAGGAGGUCAUGGUCCUGAUGGUCCCAAGGGAAGCCCAGGCCCUAGUGGGACACCUGGUGAUCCAGGCCCACCAGGUCUUCAAGGUAUGCCUGGAGAAAGAGGGAUUGCUGGAACGCCUGGCCCCAAGGGUGAUAGAGGUGGCGUAGGUGAGAAAGGUUCUGAAGGUACAGCUGGAAACGAUGGGGCAAGA